AUGAAAGUUUCAAAAGUCAACUAUGUCCCCAAUAUUCGCACUAUCGACGACUUAGACAUCCCAUUCCUUGGCUGGGAAAUUAUGGAAAGGCAUCCUCUUUUCCUCCCGGAUUUCCGACACACCUUUUAUCUCAGUGACGACAUAUCUUUGAGCUUCUAUCGUCUCAUUACCAGAAUCGAUACGUAUGCUCACAACAACACCAUUGCAAAACUCUGGCCCAGAGUUUCUUGGCAAGGAAGUCUAAUGGUGGUAGCACAUACCACAUUGGCGGAGCGUCUGAUUGAUAUCAAUGAAGUACUCGAAAACACCGGCUCAGCCUUCAAGCCUAUACUCGCACCACCCUCACCGCUAACUCAUGAGGGGACAAGCCUUAACGAAGAAACCUGUUUCUGUCAAUCGUUGGCUGGCCAUAGUUCGGAAACCGUCAGCAACGCUGUUCCUGCUGCUCAGAGAGGUGCUGAAUGGGAAAGCGCACGUUGCUUUCAACAAUACGUCCAUGAAGCGAUCAGGAUUCGCAUUCGGUCAGGUCUUUCUCGGUAUAUCUCGCGAUCAGAAAUCAGAAACUUUAUUCUUGCUUUGAACACCUUCAAAUCCAUUCUUUUUGGGGGGUUUAUCACCUCCGUUCUUCGGUAUAAUCAAGAUUGGCCUAUGCCUCCUCGACUUUGCAUAUCAGUCCCACAUGAAAAAUGUACCGCUUGGACGGAAUACUUAAAAGACAAUAACUGUCGACCCCGAGGGGGUUUGGAGUCCCAUCAAUUAAGUUUCAGUACCACGGAAACUGUCACGUAUGAAGACUGGGCUAUGGGAAAUCUUGUGAGCUCCUCAAUUGUUUGUUUCUAUCCCACCUUCAUGUCAGAAUCUCAGGCCAUAGCUCGUAGCCCGUGGGAGGUGAACCCUCACUACAUCAUGGCGUUGGAGCGUUACGCAAUGGGCACUUUCAAGGAAGCCCUUGUGGCAACCGGUGCCCUGCACUCCAUCGGAAUGUGUGUGGAUUUCAACAUAUUUUAA